UCCCCGAGCAACGGCCCCUCUGCGCGCUCACGCUGCUUCCGGGGUUCCCGGGCCGGCGUUGCUCCGAGGCGGCUGCGCGCGCGCUGCUCCGGCUGUUCCCCGCCCAGAGGCGUGCUGGUCUCCCAGGGCCGACUCAGGCAUGUGCUCCUUAGCGUCAGGCGCUACCGGCGCCGCGGAGGAGGAGGACCCGCCAGGCCUGUCCGACAGCGGAGACGAGGCCAGCUGGGAGGAUGAGGACGACGCGGAUCUCCCCCACGCCGAGCAGCGGACCCCCUGCCUGUUCUGCGACAGGUUAUUUACAUCUGCUGAAGAAACAUUUUCACACUGUAAGGCGGAGCAUCAAUUUAGUAUUGAUAACAUGGUUCAUAAACAUGGACUUGAAUUUUAUGGAUACAUUAAACUGAUAAAUUUUAUUAGACUUAAGAAUCCUACAGUUGAAUAUAUGAACUCCAUAUACAACCCAGUGCCUUGGGAGAAAGAAGAGUAUUUAAAGCCUGUGUUAGAAGAUGACCUUUUACUUCAAUUUGACGUAGAAGAUCUUUAUGAGCCGGUGUCAGCCCCGUUCUCCUAUCCCAAUGGGCUCAGUGAAAAUGCAUCUCUGGUUGAAAAAUUGAAGCACAUGGAAGCCAGGGCACUAUCUGCUGAAGCUGCAUUGGCUGGAGCACGUGAGGACCUGCAAAAAAUGAAACAAUUUGCUCAGGAUUUUGUGAUGAACGCAGAUGUCAGAGCCUGCCCAUCAUCUACCACUGCCAUUGCAGACCUCCCGGAGGAUGAGGAUGGUGUUUAUUUCAGCUCCUACGGGCAUUAUGGGAUACACGAAGAAAUGCUCAAGGACAAAGUACGAACAGAAAGUUACCGAGAUUUUAUAUACCAGAACCCACAUAUCUUCAAAGACAAGGUAGUUUUGGAUGUUGGUUGUGGAACUGGAAUUCUCUCUAUGUUUGCUGCUAAAGCAGGGGCAAAGAAGGUUCUUGGAGUUGAUCAGUCUGAAAUACUUUACCAGGCAAUGGAUAUCGUAAGAAACAAAAACUACAGCCCACAACUUGAUGAAGUUUUGAAAGUUUUAAGUUCAGGAACAGGACAGGGACACUUGCCAUCAUCUUUUCUAUUCAACACUGUAGAGGAGAUCCUGGACAAGGGAACAAGAUUAAAUAAACUUGAAGAUACUAUUACACUAAUAAAAGGAAAAAUUGAAGAAGUUCGUCUUCCUGUAGAAAAAGUGGAUGUUAUUAUAUCCGAGUGGAUGGGCUAUUUUCUUCUCUUUGAGUCUAUGUUAGAUUCUGUCCUUUAUGCAAAGAACAAAUACUUGGCAAAAGGAGGAUCGGUCUACCCUGAUAGUUGCACUGUCAGCCUUGUGGCAGUAAGUGAUAUGAAUAAGCAUGCUGAUAGGAUUGCUUUUUGGGAUGACGUCUAUGGCUUCAACAUGUCCUGCAUGAAGAAAGCAGUCAUUCCGGAGGCUGUGGUGGAUGUUUUAGAUCCAAAGACACUUAUUUCAGACGCCUGUAGUGUUAAGCAUAUAGAUUGUCAUAAAACAUCUGUCUCAGAUUUGGAAUUUUCUUCAGAUUUUACCCUAAAAAUCACAGAGACAUCAUUGUGCACGGUAAGCUGUUUCAUUCUACUUUCACAAAUCUCUCUA